UAUGUCACGUUUGCAGUGUCUGAAUUUGAAAUUGCUCAUCAGACAAAUACUUUCUGCUGGAGAAAUCGGUGUCCGCACUCGUCCGUCUGCCAAUACUCGACAUUUCUCUAAAUUGAGUAACUGGGGCACGAAAAAGUCAGCUACCCAAGUGAAAAUCGUCAACUAUCAUCCGGAGACCAUGGCGGAUACACAAAUCGAACAAAUUUUGGCCCCCUUGAGAGAGGCUGUAAAGAAACAAGGUCUCGUGGUGAGGUCUUUGAAAGAAUCAAAUGCCUCGGAUAUGGAGGUGAAAAAAGCUGUUGGAGAGUUGAAAGCAUUGAAGAAACAAUUAGACGAUAAAGAGUUGGCUUUGCAACCACCUUCAGAAACAUUUAAUAGAUCUAAGUUUGCAGAUCUAAUGAUCCGUAGAUUUUUUUACGACCAAUCUUUUUCUAUUUAUGGAGGGGUUGCUGGAUUAUAUGAUUUUGGACCAAUGGGUUGUGCCUUAAAAUCAAAUAUUUUGGAACAAUGGAAACGUUUUUUUGUUCUUGAAGAACAGAUGCUUGAAAUCGAUUGUUCAAUGCUGACACCGGAACGAGUUUUAGAGACUUCGGGGCAUGUGGAAAAGUUUGCUGAUACCAUGGUGAAAGAUAAAAAAACUGGAGAAUGCUUCAGACUUGACCAUUUAAUCAAGAACCGCUUGGAAACUUUAAUCAAGGAUAAAAAACAAACUCCUGAAGUUAAAGAAGAAUGUAAAGAUAUUAUAAUCAAAUUGGAUGGUAUGACUACAGAGCAAAUGUCUGAUAUUGUAAACAAAUUUAACAUGAAAUCACCUACUACUGGGAAUGAUCUUUCUGAACCUGUCGAUUUUAAUCUUAUGUUUGCUACCCAGAUUGGACCUACUGGAGACCAAAAGGGAUUUUUGAGACCAGAAACUGCGCAAGGUAUAUUUGUCAAUUUUAAACGUUUACUUGAGUUUAAUCAAGGAAGAUUGCCAUUCGCUGCUGCUCAAAUUGGUAAUGCUUUUCGAAAUGAAAUUUCUCCUCGUUCUGGUUUAUUAAGAGUUCGGGAAUUUACUAUGGCUGAAAUAGAACAUUUCUGUGAUCCAAACGAUAAAUCACAUUCAAAGUUUUGUGAUGUAGAAAAUACCAUAAUGAAGUUAUACAGUGCUUGUAAUCAAAUGGAUGGACAACCUCCUGUUGACAUCACAAUCGGUGAAGCUGUAUCUAAGGGUAUGGUUGCUAAUCAAACAUUGGGAUACUUCAUGGCUCGUAUUUACAUGUUUAUGAUGAAAAUUGGAGUGACCAAAGAAAAAUUAAGAUUUCGACAACACAUGUCAAAUGAAAUGGCUCAUUAUGCUGUUGACUGCUGGGAUGCUGAGUGUCUAACUUCUUAUGGUUGGGUGGAGUGUAUUGGUUGUGCUGAUCGGUCAGCAUAUGACCUAAGUAAACACGGAGAAGAAACUAAACAAAGAUUAGUAGCUGAAAGGAAAUUACCUGCACCAAAAACAAUUCAAGUUACAGAAUUGGAGAUGGAUAAAGGUUUGAUUGGUAAAACACUACGCAAAGAUUCCAAAGAGUGUGUGGAAAGAUUAUCAAAAUUAUCAAUAAAUGAAGUUAAACAACUACACGAAUUCAUUGAUAAUGGAAAACGUGAUCCAACUACUGGAUUAACUUUGUGUAAAAUUGGUAAUAAAGAAUUCCAGAUUAACAAAGAAAUGAUCCCACUUAAAUCGUAUUCAAAAACUAUUCAUGUUGAAGAGAUUGUUCCUAAUGUAAUAGAACCAUCAUUUGGUAUUGGUCGAAUUAUUUAUACAUUAUUAGAACAUACAUUUAAAAUCCGUGAAAAAGAUGAGCAAAGAACGUACUUAUCAUUGCCUCCAUUAGUAGCACCUUUAAAAUGCUGUGUUCUUCCAUUGCUUGAUAAUGAUAAGUUCACACCUCUAGUAUCUAUGUUGUCCAAAAGUUUAUGCCUGAAAGGCGUAUCAAAUAAAAUUGAUGAUUCAAGUGGGUCGGUAGGACGUCGCUAUGCUAGAACUGACGAGAUAGCAGUACCAUAUUGCAUUACGGUAGAUUUUGACUCAUUGGUGGAACCCCAAUCAGUAACUAUACGAGAAAGGGAUUCAAUGGAACAAAUUCGAGUACCUGUGUCCGAAGUUGUGGAUUUGGUAUACAAUUUAUCACAAGGCAAUACUGUUUGGAAUGCAGCUAAAGUUAAAUAUCCUAAAUUUGAGUCUCAACAGACAAAUGAAUAAUGCCAUUUUAAUGAAUUAUAAUUAAUACACUAUGGUUAUCAUACUUUUUWAAAAAAUAAAAUGUUACUGUUUAUGUGCAAUAGAUGUAAA